CACUCAUAAAAAAGCCCUCCAGCUCACCGGGGGGAAAACAAAGACAUCUCAACCUCUGACACAAAACCUCGAGAGGCACAUUUCUACACUGAGCUGCUCCACUAAUGGACUUCCAUUCCCCCAAAGACAUGAAGAGACCAAGGACGCAGUGCCGCAGCAUUAAGCUGUUCGUCCUGUGCCACGGACUGCUGCAAUUCUCUCAGCUGCUGUACAGCUCCUACUUCAAGAGCAUCAUCACCACUAUCGAGAGACGCUAUGGCCUCAGCAGCUACUCCUCGGGAACUAUUUCCUCUCUCCACGAGAUCAGUAACAGCCUGCUGAUCGUGUUCGUGAGCUACUUCGGAAAUCGGGUCCACCGACCUCGCGUCAUCGGAAUAGGUGGACUGAUGAUGUCCGUUAGUGCCAUGCUGCUGACCUUACCUCACUUUGUGUCCCAGAGCUACAACUACGAUUCUGUUCUACACAACCGCCACGAUAUUUGCUACCUGCAGGAGAACUCGACCAACACGGAGUCUUGUGGCCACGAUGAGAGCAGGCGUCUGACCGACUCCAACAACCUGUGGCUGCUCAUGGCCAGCGCUCAGCUGCUCUUCGGCUUGGGCUCAGUGCCCAUCCAGCCAUUUGGGAUUUCCUACAUAGAUGAUUUUGCUGGACCUGGCAACUCGCCUCUUUACAUAGCCAUCCUGUUUGCAUUAUCUGUAUUCGGGCCUGCCAUUGGCUACCUGCUUGGCUCAGUCAUGCUGCGGAUCUAUGUGGACGUGGACACACUUGGUUUAGGAGGUGAACAAGGGCUCAGACCAGGUGAUCCCCGCUGGGUCGGGGCCUGGUGGAUCGGCCUGCUCAUUACUGCCGGCACCCUGUUUCUCACCUCCAUCCCCUACUUCUUCUUCCCUCGUAGUAUGCCUUCAGAGGACAAUGUGAUUGGAGAUGAAACUGACGUGAGUGAUGACUUCAAGAAGCCAGAUGUCUCUUUAAUUGAUUUCCUGAAAAUGUUUCCCAGGAUGUUCGUCCACCUUCUGCUGAGCCCGCUCUUUCUGAUGCUGGUCCUGGCCCAGUGCUGCUUCUCCUCAGUGAUAGCAGGUCUCGCUACGUUCCUCAACAAGUUUCUGCAGCUGCAGUACAGCACUUCUGCUGCCUAUAGCAGCCUGCUAGUAGGUGCUUUGAACCUGCCAGCAGUAGCCGUGGGGAUGCUGGUAGGUGGGAUCAUCAUGAAGAAGGUAGGUCUCUCUCUGAAGGCCAUCCCACGCUUCUCUGUGGUGAUGCUCACCAUGUCCACCCUCCUCUGCAUCCCGCUCUUCUUCAUGGGCUGCCCCACCCAGAAUGUGUCAGAGGUCUACCCCAUCCAAAAGGGACCGAACGACUCUCUGCCCAAGUGUUACUCCAGCUGCUCCUGUCCCAAAAGUGCCUUUAACCCUGUAUGUGGCUCGAAUGGUAUCGAGUACGUGUCUCCUUGCCAUGCAGGCUGCACCAACUUUACCAAAGACUCCAACAACACUCACAGGGUUCAGCUUUACACCAACUGCAGCUGUAUAUCUGGCCAAGGUAAGGCCCGACCAGGUCCCUGCCCAAACAGCUGCCCUCAUUUACUUCUACCCGCCAUGCUCAUCAUCUCACUGGCAUCGCUGGUCGCCUGCCUCACUCACAACCCCAUGUACAUGAUGGUGCUCAGGAUCGUUCCCUCUGAAGAAAAGUCGUUUGCUAUAGGAAUUCAGUUUUUACUCAUGAGAGUAUUGGCCUGGCUACCAGCCCCUGCUCUCUUCGGGAAGGCCAUUGACACAUCAUGUAUCUGGUGGAAAGAAGUGUGUGGAAAGAAGUUUAACUGCGGUUACUAUGACAACAACAUCUUGAGGAACAGCUACUUAGGCUUACAGGUGGGCUAUAAGGUCAUGGGCGUCGUCCUACUGGCAAUGCUGGGGUGGAAAGUGCAGCGGACCCAGGAGUACAGUCUGGAGAAGAGGCCCGAACCUCUACUGUGAACCUGCUGGAGCUCCAUAUUGAUCCAAGCCUCUGUUUCUGAAAGCUUUGCUGUAGUGGUAAACAUUUUGAUGAACAGUGUGCUGCACAAAGCCUUGUAAGUGUGAGAAAGCCACCAUGAAGAAGACUGGCCUACACUGACCUCAAUUUCUGUAGGCCCACCCCCCUACCUGGGACCUCACUGGCUGGAGUUUGGAUGUACAUUGUCCAAACGUGAAAGUUUCUGCUGUUUUUGGAUACAUUUAAUGGUAUGCCUUAAAGAUUAUAAUUGGAAUUACGCUGACAAUACGACCAACUCAUUACAACCUAAGACAGGACAGCUAAACACCUCUUGUGUGGUACCUCACGACAUUUACAUGCAUCUGAGACCAGCGAUAAGAGUCUGACUGAUGAUCAAAUAACAGAUAUUGAAAAUAUCUUUAUUACUUGUUCCUAUAAGGUAGGAAUCUAUCCAGGUUUCUAUUUGUAAUGGGAACAUACUCUGUAAUUAAUUAACUGUAUAGCUUAAUAUUUAAGUUUAUUUUUUUAUAGAUGUUUGUCUCAUACGCAGAGACAUCUGUGAUAACUGCAAUACUCAUUUCAUAUAUAAUCAUGUAUAACACUUGGUUUAUUUGCAAUGCUAAUAUGUUUUCUGAUAUUUAGUAAAUACAUGUACAUACAUACAUACACUGUUACUCAUAAAUGGAAUUAAUCACACGCAUUAUGCUAUAUACUGGUGUGGUGCAUACAUGUGUAAGAAUUACUGGCUAAUAAAAAUAUACAGUGCCAUUAAUCAAGUCUCUAAUAUGCAGCCUGAAGACUU